CUAAUAAGGCAUCGAAGACUGCGUCAAAUACUAGUACAGAAACUUCCUCAAAAGUGAAGAGGAUAGCAUCAGCUUCAGCAUCAGAGGACUCUGAACAUGACGACGCUAUAACUGCCUUGCCGAGCGCAGUUGGUACAAAAGCCGAACAGACAAUGGAGUCAGCCUCUCUGCGAACGCUUGUUUAUGCGAAUACUAGCCAGCGAUAGCCUUUUCCUUUUUACAGAAGUCAAUUGCCUUUUCAUAAAUUAUCUUGGCAAUCAUUUUCUGCUGAUGAAGUACGAGUACUAUGGUUUCGCUACAAGUUAGUAGAAAUAUCAGGAACGGACAGUUAGAUUUUAUUUUUGAUUAGUAGCCUGAAGAAACAGAGCUAGUAACAACUCACUUCCUUCUUCGUACAGUCUUCAUCUAGUUCUAAUCUAUGGCUAAAAAGUCCGAUCCCGAUCCCGAAAGAGUGAGGACUUACUCGUACAAUUACACCAGUGAGGAGGACGCUCGAGGGAACGGAUGGCAAUGGGACGAGGGUGUGCGACCUCCAAACAGUACGGCCGCCUUUUAUCCUAUCACGCGCACGAAGCGCAUUAUCGUCCCACCCGCAACAGCGAAACGCGAUGUCUUCGUAGAUCCGAAAGUUAAGCUUAGAUUGGCUUAGAGGUAAUCUGUGACGUCAGUAGACUCUGUCGUGUUUUUAGAAGUAUGCUUCAUGGAACUCGAAGUCUUCUAGGCACCAGGUAUGAUUCGACGCAAUAUCGGGUGUAUUUGCCCCGUUCGGGUUCAUUCGGCGAGGAGGAUUAUUAGCAGAGACUCGGAAGGCACAAAAUGAUGUUCUAAGAGAGCGGGGGCCGGUUUCGUGAAAUACGGCGAGCUGGAUGCUACGCAGGUCGUUUGCAGCGGAGUUGACGGCUGGGCCGCUGACAAUCGCGCGAGCGGGAAGAGCGGGGCGAUCUACCGUAAAAUUCCAAAACACGAUCUGUACGAGAAAAGUCGAAAACUACAGGGACAUGAAGUGCCAGCCAUGCUCCACAAGGUAGUGAUACGUUUUGCGUCUUGUUGUUUCAACGAUUGCGUAACGGCUUCGGGAGAAGCUACUACUGGCGUUCUCCUGGACGUGGCAGCCACUCGAGACGCGGUGAAUUGGACACGCAUCGACAAUACGACGGAGAUAGACACGUCGGACGGAAAAACAGUCGGAAUGACGGUACCAUCAGCAUCUCUUAGUACAAAAUAUGAAUGUCGUAUACGUAAGUUAGAGUUAGUGACGGAGGAUGUGAACCUCGUAAUCUAGCUCUAGCUGUGCGUUGUAAAAAGCUUCUCGCCUGACCCAUUUUUUUCUGCAUCUUCGUCCUCUAUUUAAUGGUGGUCAUUCUUCUUCAAUAUCUCCACAAAAUAAGGCCUUUCGCGAAGUAGAAUUGCGUGCGAAGGAGGUUUCUGGCAAGUGGUUACGGCUGAUGGAGACGGGAGACAACAUUAUCGUACUGCAGUCCUUGGAGGUAGUCUAUGCGGACCCGGGCAAUCCACCCAGAAGUCUGGCGCAGGCCGUUCGACCGCCCCCACGCGUCGAUGAUGGAUUCGGCUUUGUGAAUUACGUAGUCACAGCAGACGUGCAAGAAGACGGCUGGGGUUGGGGCUGGCGCGCUAUGCAGCACGACCGCAAUGACGAGCCGUCAACGGAAGGUACUGGCGUUGAUGCGUUGGCGAUUCGAGGGGAAAUGACCAAUUUCGGAAUCCAACGUGGUAAGACUUAUGAAAGCUACAUCACGACCUUUGGUCAGACAUAUUCAUUUUCUUCGACGAUGUGCCAGGGAGUCCCCGGCUGGGGCGGUCACAACGCGCACGCCACGCUGAUGAACGGUGGCCGCAGCGCUCUGUACCGAAAACUUCCUGCCGUGAACUUCUACGGAAAGAAGGUGAAGAACGUUUUUGUGAGUUUCGGCAUCUGCCAGGGUGGCGAUGUCACCGACACAUCAGCAGCGUUUAAGGAUCGAGUUGAACUGGCAUUCGGCGACUCCAUGGACGCACCGGAGGGCUCUUGGACCUUGCUGAAAGAGGUCCACAGCCCAGGCAUCAUCGGCGGUUUCAAAAUGGAAGACUCUUACAAUUACGAAGAACAGGAGCAUGAUGGCUACUAGAACUAAGUAAGUAGAUAGAAGAUGAACAAGAAGAGCAACAGUUUUUACAUCACAUCAAUACUUUUUGUCCUACGUACUUCUUUUGUUUUUCACUGGUCUCCAAACCUCACCUCGGUCGCUCCUCGUCAUCGUUAUGGUCCAGCUAUACCUCAGUGCUCAGUAUUACCUUUACCAUUUCAAAUUAUUCUAAAGUAGCAUACAUCCGGCUAGCACAGUUGCCGGCAAAUGGUUGCGCCUUUCUACGAUGGGUCGAAAUUCGGUUAUCCUUUUGCACAGUUUGCAGAUCCUUUUUGAAGGGGACUUCGAUGACUACUGGGCGGUCACAGGUGACCUAGCGAAUCGUCCUCUUUUGCUGGCCAGCACGAACCAACAGGUGCAUCAUGAAGGAGCACAAGCAUUCUCGGUGGAAGGAAAAUUGAUUGCAGAAGAACGAGCUCAUGCCACUGCACGCACUCGCACUUCUAGUAGUUCUAGUUUAGAAAGAACCACUUCUAGUAAAAAAUCGAUGGCAAGCCCUCUUCAUAAUGUGAUGGCCAUAUCUGCUCCGCCCACUGGCAUCAAGAUUCGAGACAGCACGAAACCCUUGAUCGAGCUUGUUCCAAUACGGGACAUGAAGAAGGGCCAAUCCAUCUACGCAGACAGCAAGAUGCUGAACGAGACACUCCCUUCGGACAGGUUUGCGAUGCAGUAUGAUCCGGACUGCCUGUAUCUGCGUGACAAUCGUCUAAAACCUGGGGAAGAAAUGGUGGGUCAAAGUGCCGUGCAAACGGGAAUAUCGGUGGAUAUGGGCGAAGGAGCAGCCUCGGUGAACGCAGUCACCGUGUAUCUGGAUUUUUACCGUGCAAGACAGGCACUGGCGGACGACAUCGGGCAGGUCAGCAGUGGUCUACUCGGUUGGGAUGACAGCAGUACGUGGCAGCCGAGUCCGAAAUCCUCGGCUUUCUCUUAAGGCUACAAUUUAGGCCUUCCUUCCUCCUGGACGAGGGUGUGUUAAAAAAGUUGAACAUGAGCUUGUAUCAAUUUCAGUAUGUAAGGAGGUCUGCUCCGUGUGCCGUUGGUCUCAUGGUAUCUAUACAUAGAUGAAGGUCGUGUAGUGUCCGGUUGAAUAAUGUAUGACGGAACUAAGUAAAUGUGGAGCUAAGUGGUUUUUUGUAGUGUAAGUGUAAUUCUCGCUGCAGUCUGCUGCUCCCAUUUUCGACACACUACGAAACAUACUGCUCACGACCUUUUGCAUUCUUGCUCUAACGUUUCACUGGUGAAGAAGGAGCGGACGACCAGGACCCAGCAGACGAUCCUCUUACUGCAUCAAAUAUCAUCAGCGACGAGUUUUACCGAAUUGAGUGCGGUGGACCAAAUGCGGACUUUGGGGGUGUGACUAUAGGGACAGUUCCCAUUCGCUAUUACCUCGCAUUCAGCAGGAGCCUCAACGCGUUAGCUUGCCGUCCUUUUGACGAACAGCAGUGGAAACCGUUUCGCUUCCAGCUUUCCAGUCGCCCCAACGAAGGCACCAACGAAUACAAGCUCUUCAGCCAGCUGGCCGCAAAUAUGAUCGAGGAGGCUACCCUAAAGGCAGAGGAGGAGAGACUGAGCAGUCUAGGCACGGCAAGCUAUGCCGAUUUUGUCGCCGCGAAAGCGACGGCGAAGGGCGCUGCGAUGAACCAUGGGUGUUACAUGAGGAGCGCAGCGCCGUUGCCCGCCAACACGAACGACGCUAUCGCCUGCGACACGGAUUAUACAGAUAGCGACGGGACGAUCGCAGUAGAACUGGACGGCACUGCUGCAGCAGGUGUGCAACUUCCGUCUCGGCGCGCUUUCCUCAGUUUCAAGCCCACAAGUGCCGCUGCAGCUUACUGCCGUCCACCGGCGACUCUGUCGGGCGGCACUGUAACCCCCGAGACGGACGCUGUAGUUACCUGCACAGAAACAAAGGCAACGGCGCAAGCUGGUGGAGACGAAAAAGGGUUCACAUUCGAAGCUUUUCCCUCAGUCGAUUACAAGGGCGUCGUGUUUUCCAGAGAGUUUUCGUUUUUGCCGGAAGAACCGAGUAAACAUGUAAGAGAGACUGCAACCACGGAAAGCGAUGACGAUUUGGCAAUACAGGUAGAUGUGAAAGGAACCGGACGAGGAGUUGGAUCGCCCUUGGUCAUAAUAUGUCCUUCCCAAAGCGCGCACGAUGUGCCUCGACAGCCGGGGACGCCGUCCGGAGGGCGAAGCAAACAACACGUAACGUACAGGAGCGAAGCAGAUCUUUUAUGGAAGAGCCACCUAUUGAGAACAAAGAGAACAACAAAAAGGAAGUAUAUGUCAGAGGUCUACUACUGCUCGAAUUCUUAUCGUCACAACGUGUUUGAAACAACACGACCACAACAAAAUUUUUGCCUUCGACCUUCUCGAGGCAAGCGACAUAGAUUGGUUCUCAAUCAGUGGCUCCAUUCAGAUCCUUUGCACGACGGAUGGAACAUCGAAAAUAUAAGCCAUUCGAAGUCCACAACGGGAAAGCAUCACCACAUCACGAACCUUCCACCUGAUACCACUAGCGGCCGCUUCGUCUAUCAUAUGAAAUUUGCGUAGGAAGUAGCCUAGCUUCCUAGCCUUCUUUCACUACACCCUACAACACGCUUCGAGUGUUUGUAUCCUUUUCUGAUUCUUUGCUUGAUUUUACCUUGAUGUGGUUCACCUGCAACUCGAUCGAUACGCGUUGUUCAAGGGUGUUCCAAUAUUUACCUUCAUCACUACAUUCUGUUGGAUCUUGGCGACGUGGACCUGGACGUCCACUAGUAUCAUGACAAAGUGUAUGGAGAAAAUGAAAACACAAGUGCCAUGUUCUCGACCUUACUUUCAUACAGCAUCCUGUUGGUCAUAGCGAAGAGCAUGGGCAUUGUGGCGCUGUUGGCUGGGGUGGCUUCUUCAAUGCGACACGCAAUCUGACAGCAGAGAAUAUCACAAAUCAAGGUCAAGGAGAUCACUACAGUGACUACUUCUAAGGCUACAUAUCUUUUCUUAUGCCGUCACAACGUCGGUCCCUGCUCCGACGCCGUCGCAAAAACAAAUGCUAGUAAAUGUAAUCGUAAUACAUGGUAAUGCUCGUUCAGUGAUUUGUUUCAACACACGAUCGAUCAGAUUGUAAAUGUAAUGCUCAUUUCGAUUUAUCUAGAUCCGACGACUUGAUGUCCCUCUAAUUUCAUCGGCGAGAAGACUCGAACAGUACCGAAGGCUCCAUACACCGACUCAUCCCGAUGAACAGUGGCACACUGGGUUUUCCACUCGAUUUUGUGGACAUCACCUUCGGUGUUUGUCAGACAGAUUCCUACUCGUGGCCCUUUGGAGGCGUUUUUCUCGAAACUGGGACCCCGGGAAGGGGAGAAAAUCGCACGGGAGAAGCAUGGCGGCGAGUGGCGUGGAAAGACUGGGAUGGUAUUUUUCAUCAGGACUACCAUGAUCUUCUACUUCGUACAGUCAAGAAAGCCUACUUCAGAUCUUGGUUAAAGUUGGUUCUGACUAUUCUUUCAAAAUAUGUCACUUGACUGCAGUUGUGUGUAAUUGAAAGCACUGGUGAACCUACUUGGACCAGGAGCGCCGCUGUCCAUCCUCUUACAACACUGACUCCAGGUAACCAGAAGUCCCUUCUGGUGGGGGAUCCCGGUUUAGUAGCAAUGCGCACUGUUCGCAUUGAGGCGAGAGAUUUUAUUUCUACUGGUCCGUACAUACGCCUGACGGAAACAGAGAACAACAUCUUGCUGCUCCGCAGUUUGGAAAUCGUGUUUCAGCCGGAAGGCUUCUAGUACUACCUUCUGCCGCUUAGAAGUUUCAACAAGAUGAAGAAGCUAGAGUAAACCUAAUGAAAAAGAAAACUUAUUGAGUAGCAAAUGACAAUAAGAAUAGCAAUAAGUACACCAACACCCUAAAAAGUAAAAAGAUAAAUAGAUAAAACAAGCGGGAACGUCGCCAACGAUACUACUGAUUACACCUAUUAUACUUUCGCACGACGUUCUUUCCUCGUCGUUUCUUCUGUUAUUGGAUGCAGAAUGGUUUCCAAUGGAAUUGUUUUUAAUAGUCAUUUUUCAACAUAGUGACACUGACAGACUGUCAUGCACCUUCUAGCCAAUUGCGAGCUCGUGUUAUCAGAGGCACAACUACAGGUUCUUACAUUCAUUUUUAUUGUCAUAGCCCCACUGAAAAGAACAGUAGUAGUUUCUCCAUUCCAUCGCAUCCAACAUCAUAUCAUCAACUCAUGCCAUUGAGAUCCAUUUCCAUAUGUAUCUAGUACAGCAUGCAUAGCUGCUAAAGGCACUAGGCCAUUUUCCGAAAGUUGCAUAGGCACCAAAGCCACUACCUAGUAUUGACCACGUUUUCAUAACAACUACAUAGCAGUUAUUUCAUCAUGUAGUUUGCAUUUCUGGUGCAUGUUACUAGUACAGCCUUCUUACUAUGCUUUGUUUUGAAUCGAUACCGUCACAACAAAAGGUCCAACACAAUUGUCUGCGAACCUCGUGCACCGCUCACAAGAAAACUGCAGAUGUUUAGUCGCCCUCUCUCUAGUGCGGCUACACAUAUUCGCCGGAGGAUACAGGUCAAACUGUUGGCGGCGAGUUAACUCCUAUCCUAUCUACAAAUGCUAGGGGCUCUCAGAGUCAGCGCGUUGAAGUUGCAGGAUUGUUCUUAUUUUAGCUCGUCUUUGUGUAUCAGAUGAUAGUUUGCGCUUUCAU